AGAGCGCGAAGCGGGUGAGGCCCGCACCGGAGUCAUCUCGGACAAUGCGAGACGAGAGGCGACGCGACAUAAGAGAUGCAAGGCCAGACGCGAAAGAAGAGAAAGACAAGAUACGUGCCGCGCGGGAAGCGGAAUUUCGAAUCAAGUACACGCGUGCGUUUCCCAACUGGACUUUCCACUUCGACCUCGAUGCCCAUCAACCUGAGCUGGCUGCUUUGAAGAAUAAGCUCGAACGGCGCGUUGUUCAACUUGGCGCUAAAAUCGACGGCUUUUUCUCUAAGGAGGUUACCCAUCUUAUCACAUGUAGAGCCGAAGAAGUACCUGGUAACAAAGAGAAUUCGCGAGCGCGUGGUGCGCGAGACGGUGGUCUUCUCGGGAGCCCUAUCAAGCUCAAGUCCCGAACUACUCCCUGUGAUAAUCGGGCCUCCGAGAUCGUCAAGAAGGCGCAAGAAUUUGGUAUCAAGGUUUGGGACAUGGAGAAGCUAACAAGCGUGUUGGACCGCUGCCAGGCCCCUCCUAACAAUCUAGUGGCCACACCUGUCUCGGCGUCCGGCCAACACACCGCGAAGCAACUCAGCCGGCUCCUCGAGUCUGAACGACUGCACGGAACAACGGAGCGAGACCCGACUCAGCGACGUCACGACUAUGUCUAUUUCUCAAAGGGCAGCUACUUUGUUCUAAUCGAGGAUAUGCGACAGGAGCUAGCUACCAUCGCUGCUCUGGAAUACCCUGUUCAGAAAACUCGCGAUGGCAAAGAACGCGGCUCCUGGCCUGUCCUCCACUGCCACCCCCGAGCACGCGGACCAUUUAUUGAGUACAAUGAACGCGAGGAGCGCCGGCGCGAGAAGAUGGACCAGGCAGACAAGGAGCGCGAAGAAGAGUUAGCGCGUCGCAAGGCUGAAGUUCGUGAGGAAGAGCGACGCCGAAGAGCCAAACUACAGGCCCAGUUCCAGGCCCAGCGUCAUCGUGACCUCAGACGUGCCGUGUCAAUGCAGAGUCUCAAGCGCCAUACGGAGGAUGUAGAAGAAGAGUUUGUCGACCUCGACGCCGGGUUUGAGGGCGAAGCAGCAGGAUCCGCAGCCGCGUCAGGCUACCUUGCGUCUGGUGCCUAUGUCGCCGCAUCAGGCAACAGCGUUAGCAUCACCUCUGCAGCCGGCACCACAUCCACGACUGGCGUGGCGAUGCGGUCAAUGGCCCUUCCUCCGAGUCUGCGGGAAAAGAUUGAAAAUCAAGUCAUCACCUCGCGACGACUGCCCGAUGCAGGGAAGCGUCUUGGCAAAGAAAACCUGAUGGGUCCACCCCUCGUAGUCCCCGAGCGCCCCCAGCGCACGCUACGUAAGAGCAAGAGCACGACCACCAUGCGUCUGGCUAAGCGCGAGGAGGGCUCGAAGCCUGGGUACUGCGAGUGUUGCAGAGUGAAGUUCGAUGACUUCAAGCAGCACAUUUACUCCAAACGCCACCGCAAGUUCGCCGAGGACGAUAACAACUUCGCCGCUCUCGACGUAGUGCUUUCGCGUGUUCGUCGCCGCACGCUCGAAGAAGUCGAGACUGAGCAGGCCAUGUGGGAUAACAUGGCCGCGCGGCAUGACGAGAGUGACGAUGACACGCUCGACGAGCUCGAAGCGGAUGAUGUUGAAUUCUCGGACGACGACGCGUCGCUAGUGACACCGCCUGCGCACAUCGCAGACGAGAUUCAGUGGAAAGAGUGGGUGGAGGAAGAAGCGUUUGACGAGAUUUAAUACACUCGUUUCCUAACGUAAAGCCCAAUGCCCUGGACUUUUCAUAAGCUAUGCCCCGCCAUGCCUCAUGAGCUAUAACCGCACCCAUGCCAAGUGUACUUGACUUAACGCACUGUAGCAAU